AUGACUAUCAAUGUGAUUCUUGGGGCCCAAUGGGGCGACGAAGGCAAGGGGAAGCUGGUUGACAUCCAGUCCCGGGAGGCGCAAAUUUGUUGCCGAGCUGCAGGUGGGGCUAAUGCAGGACAUGUGGUUAAGGUGGAUGGAAUCUCUUACAGCUUUCACCUCUUGCCCUCUGGCCUCAUGAAUCCGCGAUGCAUGAAUUUCAUCGGCUCCGGUGUGGUCUUUCACAUCCCAACCUUCUUCAGCGAGCUCAAGGAGCUCGAAGAGAAGGGCCUGACCGCGGUCCACGACCGAAUUCUUGUUUCUGACAGGGUCAACGUCCUCUUGGACAUGCACAUGGCAGUGGAUGGUCUCGAGGAGAAGGAGCUUGGGGACGAAUCUAUUGGAACAACAAGACGUGGCAUUGGCCCGUGCUACCAAACAAGCAGAGCGCGAACUGGCAUCAAAUUAACUGACAUCUUCCAUCCUGAACUUUUGGAGAAGAAGGUGAAGCGCUUAGCUGAUGGCUAUCAAAAGCGCUUCGGAGAACUGUUCAAGUACGACGUCACAGCCGAGCUAGCCCGUUUUGAGGAGUAUAGGGAGUCGCUGAGGAAAUAUGUCGUGGAUGGCGUGUCCUUCAUGGCAUCCGCACAGCAGAGCGACACCAAGAUUGUGGUCGAAGGCGCAAACGCGCUGAUGCUAGAUAUUGAUUAUGGCUCGUACCCAUUCGUUACUUCGUCAAGUACCACGCUUGCUGGCAUUAUUGGUGGACUCACGCUGAACCCGAAGAACAUUGCAGAGACGGUUGGAGUGGUUAAGGCUUACACCACCCGCGUUGGUUGGGGUGCCUUCAAGACCGAAGAUACGGAAAAGAUUGGCACCAAACUUCAGGAGAUUGGACGGGAAUGGGGGACGUCGACCGGCCGCAAACGCCGAUGUGGAUGGCUUGACCUUGUUGUUGUCAAGUACAGCAACUCAAUCAACUACUACACCAGCCUUAACCUGACAAAGCUCGACGUCUUGGACACUUUCGAAACGAUCAAGAUCGCGAUUGCUUACAAGGUCGACGGACAGGAGUUGGACUCUUACCCAGCGGAUCUUGAGAUCUUGGAACGAGCUGAGGUGAUUUACCAUGAGAUGCCAGGGUGGCAAACGCCGACUACCAACGCGAAGACCUACGACGAUCUGCCCAACGAGGCUCGCGACUACGUGGAGUAUAUCGAGAAGUUUGUGGGAGUCCCGAUCAAGUACAUUGGCACCGGUCCCGAACGUGAGGCCAUGAUCCAGCGCGUCUGA